AUGGUGGGAGAAAGCAGCGGUCGACGUGGACGACGCGGCUUAGGCGGUGGGUCUGCUGGUAAAUCAAAGGAUUACACAGCGCCCGUGAGUUUCGUGGCCGGUGGGAUUCAGCAAGCCGGCAAGAAGCAGAAGAAGAAGCAGGAGGAAAACGCAGGCAGUGACGAGGAGGGGGGCAGCAAUGCGGGCGAUAGCGAUGAAUCGCGUCCUUCAUUUGGACGCAAGCAGCCGCAGCUGAUGGACAACAGCGAUGGCAAUAGCUCCGACAGCUCGGCGGGAGCGGAAGAACAUCAACCGCGAAAGACAACGAUGACGGCACGUCAGACAGCCGGACUCAGGCAUAACUCACACAUUGCGAGCAAUCGAAAUGUGGGUGCCUGGGAACAGCAUACACGCGGCAUAGGCGCCAAGCUGCUCUUGCAAAUGGGUUACGAGCCCGGCAAGGGUUUAGGUAAGGAUCUGCAGGGUAUCUCGCAGCCGGUGCAGGCACAUGUGCGCAAAGGACGCGGUGCCAUUGGCGCCUAUGGACCAGAGACAGCAGCUAGCGUGGGCGGGCAGCCAAAGUCGCUGAAAAUCGACGAGGGAGUCCAGGAGACCAAAGAGUCCAAGGAUCAACUAAACAAAUGGAAGAAAGGCGGCAACGAAGCUCGGGAAAAGUCCAGCAAGCGAUACUACUACAAAUCCGUGGAGGAAGUCAUUGCCAAGGGUAAAAAAUCAGAUCAUCUGCUGUCUGAAAAGCUGAGCAAGCGACUUGGCAAUGUUCCAGUGAUAGAUAUGACUGGACCAGAGCGACGUGUGCUCAGCGGAUAUCAUGCCUUAGCCCAAAACAAGAUAACGCCCGAAGAGACACUCUACGAUGCGCAGGGAAUGGAGGAGAAGGGGGAGAAGAGCUCGCCCGUCUCUAUAUUCAGCAUGCCGGAACUGACCCACAAUCUGCAGCUGUUGGUAAGCCAAUGCGAGCAGGAGAUAAUUGCCAUAGACAAGACAGAGCGUGAGUGUGAGGAUCGUCAGGCGGCGCUCGAGCAUGAGCAGCAACAGCUGCUGGAACUGGUGCAGCUGGAAAGGAAUCACAUGACCACGCUCCAAGCGGCACUCGCCCGCCUCGAUCAGCUCAGCGAGAAUCCGGAGUUGAGUCUCGCCCAGGCAGAGCAACUGUUCCUCGAGCUGCAGCAUGACUAUGCGGCGGAAUACAAGGAAUUUGGAUUGGCCGAUCUGGCAGCGGGUGUUAUAGCGCCGCUCCUGAAGCGGGAUCUCAGCGAUUGGCAACCGUUGGAGCAGCCCACGCAUCCACUGCAGCUGAUCAAGCGAUGGAGGGGCAUAUUGCCGCAGGAUGGACCAGAUGUGUCGGAGCAACAGUCUCGCAAUAUUUUCGAUCCCUACUCCUCGCUCAUCUGGGCUGGUGUGAUGCCAUCGUUUAGAGCCUGUGCCGCCAGCUGGCAGCCCAAGGAGCAUGCCCCAAUGGCAGCUCUGCUGGACGCUUGGGCGCCUCUAUUGCCCACUUGGGUGCUUGACUCGGUCCUGGAGCAGCUUGUGCUGCCGCGACUGACGAUUGGCGUGAGCGACUGGGAUCCUCUGACCGAUACUGUGCCGAUACAUAGCUGGAUUCUGCCAUGGCAUGCCAUCCUGGGGGCCAAACUGGAGGAGUCCAUUUAUCCGCAGAUCCGCAGCAAACUGGGCGUUGCGCUGCAGGCGUGGUCACCGCAGGAUCGAUCUGCACGAGCCAUGCUGACGCCCUGGCAAACGGCCUUUGCCGAGGAGCAACUGGUUCAGUUCCUGCUGCGUCAUAUUAUACCUAAGCUGCAGGCGGUACUAGCCGAAUUUGUAAUCAAUCCGCUGCAACAGAAUCUGGAGCUGUGGCAUCAGGUGUGGGAGUGGCAUGAGCUCAUACCCGCCCAUCACAUGGCCCAGCUGCUGGACAAGCAUUUCUUUCCGCGCUGGAUGCAGGUUCUUGUCAUGUGGUUGAAUCAGUCGCCGGAUUACGCGGAAAUCUCUCGCUGGUAUGCCGGCUGGAAGAGCAUGUUCAGUGAGGCAAUCCUACGUGAGCCUUGCAUCAAGGAGCACUUGCGUCGCGCUCUUGAUAUGCUGCACCGUGCUACCGAUGCGGUCCUGCAAACCACCUCUGCACCACCACCACCCAUGCCACCAGCACCCGCGCCUGUGCUCCUCACUCCAGUCAUGCUUGUCGAUGUGGCGCCACCUGCUCAACUGGAAUUCAAGGAGCUCGUCUUGCAGAAAUGCGCCGAAUUGGGCAUUAUAUUUGCCCCACUUCCAGGUCGACGGGAACUGGGCAAACAGAUCUAUCGUGUGGGCAAGCUCUUCUGCUACAUCGAUCGCAAUGUAUGCAUGCUGAGCGACAGCAGCUUUACGAAUUGGCAACCCGUGGGACUUAAUCAGUUGCUGGAGCGGGCUCAAACUGGACUCCUUUAAAAAUAAAUUGUAGUUCUGGACGUCCAAAAUGUCGCUAAGCCUAAUGAUAAUAAAAUAAUUAUAAUAAUAAUAAAAUAGUUUUCAUGAUAAUGAUAAGAUUACUAAGAAAAACUAUGAACAUAUAUCAUAAGUUGAAU